UUUAAUAUUAUUAGAAGUUUUUAAAAAUAAAAUGGCUAUGCUGGCAGAACCACGUCGCCGCAAACGGUACAAUUUGUGCCCGCGCGGCAAGGCCCUGUACGAAGAUGAUGCUCGCUUUGGCACCAAAAUGCUCGAGAAAAUGGGAUGGUCCAAAGGAAAAGGUCUCGGCGCCAACGAGGACGGCCAACGGGACUUCGUUCGUGUUCGCUUGAAGAACGACGCUGAAGGAUUGGGCUUCGAGGCAAGAGAUGAUCAGUGGACCGUUCAUGAGGAGGGCUUCAGUGGACUCCUUAAAUCGCUCAAUGGUGGCACUGAUGAAACCAAUGGUACAAACGGAGCGGCCUCCGCAUCUGAAGAUGAGGCUAGACCAAUGGGGUUUGGGUUUAAAGCCGCAGAACCAGAAGAGCCGCCCAAAAAGAAGCUCAAAGAGAGGAUCAGUGGCAUAUCGCUGGAGGAGGCGUCAAAGGCGAGCAAGGCGCGUGUGCACUACAAGAAAUUCACACGGGGGAAGGAUUUAUCGCAGUACAGCGAAAAGGACCUGGCCAAUAUAUUCGGAAAAAAGGCCACCGAAGAGAUUGACGCACCAGUAAAGAUCGAACUAACUCAAGUGGAGGAAAAGGAGAUAAAUCCCAAUUUUAGUGGUGUGACAACAGUAGCCACUGGGCUUUCUGUCCAUGAUUACUUCAAACAAAAAUUGGAAGCCAUGAAAAAUAAGAUCAAAAAUGGAAGUGGAAAUACCCUUACGCAAAGCCCUGGCACUGAUGAGGAGGUCCAGACAGAGAGCGCCCAAAGUGAGCCUAUAAAAAAAAAGAAGAAAAAGAACAAGGAGAGAACGGCCAAAGUGCCUGCUGAGGAGGAAGAAAAUGUUGAGCCUAAGCAAAAGAAAAAGAAGUCGAAACGUGCCUCCGACCAACAAGUUGAGCAGUCAGAUACAACUGCUGAAGACAAACCAGUGGAAGUAGUAUCUUUAGAUGAAACGUCUUCCAAAACUAAAAAGAAAUCAAAGGAAACGAAGGAAACCAUUGCAAAUGUUUUAGAAGAGUCCUUAAAGAAGAAAAAGAAGUCAAGGAAAGACAAGAAAGUCGCCGAGACCAAGGAGGAUGCAGAAUCCGAAGCUGCGACAGCCGUUCCAGAUGACUCUGAGAAUACCUCUCCGUCCAAGAGUAAAAAGAAGAAAAGAUCGAAAGAAACAGUUGAUAGCCUUUCAGAGCCUGUGGGGGAGGAAACAAACAAAGCCUCGGGCAAUACGCCAGAAGAUAAAAACGAAUCCCCAGAAGCACCACUAAAAAAGAAAAAGAAGUCGAAGAAAGUCGUGGAGGAAGAGGAGCAAUCAGUGACGCCUGUUCUCGAUAAAGCUGAAAAAUCCUCCAAGAAAAAGAACAAGUUGGGUCGCGAUGUACCUGAAGAUUCUGCCCCAGCAGCUGACACAGGAAAGAAGCACAAGGACUCAGUAAGUGCUGAACCCAAAUCAUCCGGCGAUAAAAGCGAUCAAUCAGCCGAUGAAGAUCAGCAUGAGGAGCUCUUAUCUCUGGACGAAAUAAAAGAAAAAAUCAAAUCAUUCAAUAUUUAUACCAUCUCUCAAUUUUGCGCAGACAAAUUCCAAAUGUUUGAUAUGAAUGCGUUUCGAGAAUCGUCGCUGGCUGAAAUAACAGGCUACGGGUGCAGCGCGAACAUGGAGUUGAGGGUAGAGGAGAUGAAGAACGACGACAAGCGAAUUAUGGACCUUUGGAAGAAUGAAUCGUAUGCUAGCUAUAAGAAAUCUGACAGAUUUACAAACACCAGAUAUCCGAAUCAGGUGAAGCGCACGACGCUACGGGCCGUGAAGAAAAGAUUCGCAUUUCAGGCCAUUUGAUUAGGGCAAAACGAAAUAUAUGUAAUUCAACGUUAUUCUUAAUACGAUUUGUUUGUACAUAAACAACUUAAUUAAGUUUAUUUUAAGCUUCAUGGUCUACAUUUUAAUGUGUAACGCCGAUAAUUAAACUGAACUACAUAUGCCCCGCAAA